AUAUUGAUAUCUUUAUAUUUUAAAAUAAAAGCUUAAAAAAAAAAACUAAUUAAAAUGCAAGACCCUAAUGCAGAUACAGAAUGGAACGAUGCGCUACGGCGACAUGGCAUUAUACCUGAGAAAAAAGAAGUUGAAGUAACAGAAGAUCAAAUUGUUCAGUUACUAGAUGCCACCAUUAAAGAAAAGACAGGGCAAAAAGAUGCAAAGGAUUACACACUAGAAGAGUUAGGUGAAAACGAAGACGAUUUUGAUGACGAUGAGUUACUCGAGUCAAUUAGAAGACAAAGAAUUGCAGAACUAAUGGAGCGCCAAAAGAAAGAAAAGUAUGGAGAAAUUAGGGAAAUUUCUGCCGUUGACUAUGUUGAUCAGGUAAAUAAUGCUGGAGAAGGUGUGUGGGUUGUUUUGCAUCUCUAUAAAUCAGGUAUUCCACUCUGUGAAUUAAUUGAUAAGCAUAUGGUUCAAUUAGCUAAAAAAUUUCCUGCAACCAAAUUUUUACGCAGCAUUUCUACUACCUGUAUUCCAAAUUAUCCUGAUAAAAAUUUACCCACUAUAUUUAUUUACUUCGAAGGAGAUAUGAAAGGUCAAAUUGCUGGUCCUAUUUUAUUCGGAGGAAUGAAUCUUACUCAAGACGAUCUAGAAUGGAUGCUUUCUAAGUAUGGCUGUGUUAAAAGUACCUUAAAGAGUGAUCCUCGUGGUACAAAAAUAGACAAUAAAAAUGGUUUUACUAUAUUAUCUCGCUCGUCAAGACAAAAAAAUAGCGAGUCUGAAGAUGAUGAUUAGAAAAAUUUUUUUUUUAUGAUUAUCAAGCAAAUUUUGAUAGAUUAUUUUA